AUGGUCACUAACCUCGAGGCAUUGCAAGCUACCAACAAGGCUUUACAGUCUGGUGGCUCAUCAAAGAAAAAGGAUGUGAAUUCUGUGAUGGUUGCGCAAAGGAACAACUUCCCUAUGAAGUACCAAACCUAUCCCUCAGCUCCACUCACAUAUCAACCUACCCUAAAUUACCAAGCACCAUCUCCCACCUACCAAAUUCCAUCACCUGCUCCACCACCUACAUAUGAACCCUCUUCACACAGAUAUUCCCAACCCGCACCUAUAUACCAAGCAUAUAACUCCCAACCUUCUCACUACCCAUCACCUCCUACCCGUCAAAACUUCCCUCGACCUAGACCAAACUUCGACCGCAAACCUCCCAGACAAUAUACCGCCAUAGCCGAGCCAAUUGACCAAUUAUAUCAAAAACUCAAGGCAGCUGGUUACGUUACCCUUAUCCCAGCCGUAACUCCAGAAAAUCCUUCCCAGUGGAUCAACCCAAACAAGACUUGCGCAUACCAUUCCGGGAUGAAGGGCCAUACCAUCGACGAGUGUCGCUCGUUGAAAGACAAGAUUCAAAACCUGAUUGACAACAAGAUCAUUAUAGCAAAGGAUCCCGCUCCUAAUGUCCGCAACAACCCUCUACCUGACCACGAGGGUAGAGGCAUCCACAUGAUCGAGAUCGAAGAUGAUUGGGACCUCAAGGGGUCAAUCGGGUUGAUAGCUAAAGGAGAUGAGCCUAAGAAGCCAAUAGUUACUCUCAAUCCCAUUGUUGUCCAGAUUCAGCCCUCUGAAGGCGAUGUGGUAAAUAUGUCCGUACCACUCGAGUUUGAAGCACCACCUUCAAAGGCGCCAAAACCAAUUGAGUUUGAGUUCAGAGUUCCAAGGGCGCCUACGCCAUUUGAAGUUAUUGUGUUACCUCCUAAGGCACCAAUUCCAGUCUCCAUGAUAGACGUAACCCCGUUCAAGACAAAUGCUAUACCUUGGGAUUACACCGCUGAGGCUAGAAGGAAGGGAAAGACAUAUAUUGGGGAAGCGAUUGCCGCACAGGGCAUGACCAGGACAGGCAGGGUAUACACCCCAGAACACUUGGCUGAGUCCAGCAAGCAUGCCUCCGAGCGGGCUGUUGAAACUGGACCCGAUGACCUUUGGAGGAAGGUACAGGCCAAAGAGUACUCGGUCGUCGAGCAACUGAACAAAAUGCCAGCACAGAUUUCUAUUCUUGCUCUUCUACAAAGCUCAGAGACACAUAAAAACGCCUUAAUAAAAGUACUGAGUGAAGCUUAUGUUCCUAGCAACAUAACAGGAGGCGAAAUAGCAAACAUGGUGGGGCAUGUACUGGAAAGCCAUAAGAUCACCUUCCAUAAAGAUGAAUUACCGCCAGAAGGGCUUGGUCACAACAAAGCAUUGCAUAUCAUUGCGCAAUGUGAGGAUCACUUUGUCACCAGGAUUCUAGUCGACGGGGGAUCCAGCCUCAACAUUUGUUCAUUGGUAACUCUCAGGACAUUGGGUAAGGGAUUGCACGAGAUCAAAGACGGGGCUAUCAGUGUCAAAGCUUUUGAUGGAUCUCAGAGGUCCACCAUUGGAGAAAUUAGCUUAUGCCUACAGAUGGGACCCACCUGGUUCAAUGUCGAGUUCCAAGUCAUUGACGUACCAGCGUCCUAUAAUUUGUUGCUAGGAUGA